AUGUAUAACUUGAGCUGUUACAACCCUGGUUCCUUUAUCCUUGUUGGAAUACCUGGCCUGGAGAAGUUCCACAUCUGGAUUGGGAUUCCCUUUUGUGUCAUCUUCGUUCUGGCUAUCACGGGCAAUGGCACCCUCCUCUACCUCAUUGCAGUUGAGGACAGCCUCCACGAGCCCAUGUUUUUCUUCCUCUCUAUGCUGGCCACCACGGACCUCAUCCUGUCUGUUGCCACAGUCCCCAAACUGCUCAGUAACCUCUGGCUUGGCUCCCAGGAAAUAACCUUCACUGGUUGUCUCACCCAGAUGUUCUUCCUCCACUUCAGCUUUGUAGUGGAUUCAGCCAUCCUGCUGGCCAUGGCAUUGGACCGCUAUGUGGCCAUCUGCUUCCCCUUGAGAUACACCACAAUCCUGACUCCUCAGGUGAUUAUCAAGCUCGUGGUGAGCGUCGUUGUGAGGAGCUUCUCUGUCAUCCUGCCAGAUGUUUUUCUGCUGAAACAGUUGCCCUUCUGCGGGACACGUAUCAUCCCACACACAUACUGUGAGCACAUAGGUGUCGCUCGGCUUUCCUCUGCCGACAUCUCCAUCAACAUCUGGUAUGGAUUUUCUGUGCCUCUCAUGACUGUCAUCUCAGAUGUGAUCUUUAUUGCUGUCUCUUAUGUCUUCAUCUUUCAUGCUGUCUUUCAACUCUCAUCCCUGGGUGCCCGCCAAAAGGCUCUCGGCACCUGUGGCUCCCACAUCUGUGUGAUCCUCAUGUUUUACACUCCUGCCUUCUUCUCCAACCUUGUGCAUCACUUUGGGCAUGGUGUGCCUCGAAAUGUGCUCAUCCUAUUUGCCAACCUCUAUGUGGCCAUCCCUCCUGCUCUAAAUCCUGUAGUUUAUGGUGUGAAGACCAAGCAGAUCCAGGACAAAUUCGUUCUCCUCUUCACUUUGAAGAAGACACAAUGAGUGGGGAG